GCUAACAGACUGACUGUCAACUCGCUACAAAGACAGAUGCUAGCAGUGUGUGAUUAUUUUCUGUCCGUUUAUUUAACCUACGUGUACUGGGGUUGGUAUAUUUAAUUUGGCUUCUGUAAAAUCUUCAAACAAAUGAGAAACAUAAGUGUUGUGUGAAUGUAGCCGAGCGUUAGCCCGGAUCAGCUGUCACACAGGACAUCCUGCUGCCGAGGAGCACAGGUAUUGCAUGAGGUUGCUGUUUGAUCACUGAAGCAAUGGCCAGUCCUAAUGAUCUGCAAUUCCAAGAGUUUGAGGAAGCAGCAGAGCUGUUGUCUGCAGACCCCGGGGCCUCCACCCUCAGUAUGUCUGCCUCAAACACCAGCACUACAGCAGCAGGAGGGGGAGGAGGAGGAAGAGGAGGAGGGGAGGAUGUGAAGCUAGACCUCUCAGAGGAGGAGGGUGAGGAGGAGAGUUCAGAGCUGUUAGGAGGACAGAAACCAACGGGUGGCUUCUGGACCUUUGAGUACUAUCAGUCCUUCUUCAAUGUUGACACAGUGCAGGUUCUGGACAGAGUGAAGGGGUCACUGAUGCCAUUACCUGGAAGAAACUUUAUCAAACACAACCUUAGGAGCAACCCAGAUCUGUAUGGUCCGUUCUGGAUUUGUGUGACCCUCGUGUUCUCGGUAGCGAUCGGCGGAAACCUGUCCAGCUUCCUCAGUGAGAAGGGGAACCCUUCGUACCACUACAGACCUCAGUUCCACAGAGUGACGAUAGCUGCACUCGUGAUCUUCAUGUAUGCCUGGUUGGUGCCCAUUGGUUUAUGGGGUUUCCUGACCUGGCGGCAAGGGGCUGAGAGGCAGAUCGGAGGCUAUUCAUUCCUGGAGACUGUGUGUGUCUACGGCUACUCCCUCUUCAUUUACAUCCCAACCUCGGUUCUGUGGAUCAUUCCCUUUGAAUGGUUGCGCUGGACCCUGAUCCUGGUUGCCAUGGUGAUCUCUGGCUCAGUUCUGGUCCUCACCUUCUGGCCGGUUGUGCGCGAGGACACCAAGGUGAUGGCAGUGGCUACAGUGGUGACCAUAGUGGUUUUGCAUACGCUGCUGGCUGUCGGCUGUAAGAUGUACUUCUUUCAGACCGAAGUCCAUGUUCCAUCAGCGGUGCCUAUUACCCCCACGAUUAACAUGACAAUUGCCACGAAAGCCCACUAACCAAAGGGUGCUGGCAGCGAGGAAAUGAAGGAAGUGUCUGUUGUUUGGAAUCACAUGCAGCUAUAAAACAUGUAGAAGCAGGAGGGUUAAGUGAUAUGUUCUAUAGUAGCGUGAUGAAGCGCUGGGACAGGAGUGUGGUUGUUUGUCUCAUUUAUCCUGAGUUGGGUCUACUGGGACACUGCAAUAUUUCUACAUUUUUACUGUGAUGUUUCAGGAUGUGGUGCAACGUAUUAGUCCACAUAACACUGUGAUUUCCCCGAAGAUUCACACAAAGUUAUUAUUUAGAAUAAUUAGUUAGAAUUACCAACGAUAUUAGAAAAUAUCCAAACCAGUUACAAUCAGAAAACCAUGCAGCCAGCAAUCAUUACUUCUUACGAGUUAUCAAAGAGACAACAAGGUAUCCAUCAGUACGUGUUAAUAUCAUUAUUGUUGGCAACAAUAGGAUCUCGUAAAAAAAAGCUAUGAUAAAGAACCCAGUUUUACAAAAAAUUUCACCAAAGCUGUUGAAACUAACAUUGGUGAGGACAGGGAACUGCCACCAUGAUUAUUUGAUCAUUUCAUGAAGCAGGGGAUUACACAUUUAUUUUUUUAGUUGUUUAGUUUACAAAGGAUUACAAAUAAUUAGAGAAAAUGCUCGUUCAACAUUUUCCAAGCCCAAAAUUAUGAUUUUGUAGUAGGAGGUCUGAAAUAUUAUUUGCUGGAUAAAUCCGAGAAUAUUGUGAAAACAAUACUAGGGGGUAUUAUCAUACUAGGAAAUACACAGGUUUUUCUGAUAACAUUAAUGAUAGCUUUGUUCUAUCGAUCCAGAAGCCUAAAGCUAAAGUAGCUAAAUGGAAUUCAGCUAUCAUUAAUUUCCCUAUUGAAACUUUAUACACAUAUCAUUCAAAUUGUAACUACAGGCUACCAAGUAAUUUUUAGUUUUAGAUACCAGGAGUUUCUGACAUUAUUGCCACCUCCCUCGUGUAUAAAAAAAGUGUUAAAAAAACAAAUGGCUGCAAGACAACCAACAAUGGCAUUCAAUCAAUUAGACACAUUUCACUGAGCAAAUUAGAUAAUCCGCCAAUCCGGGCUAGUUAAAUUACGAGACUGCAAGGCUAGAAGCUAUGCCUGAACGCUACGUUUUUUUGCGCUGCUGUGACAUGGCAAAGAGUAUAAAUACUUGGGUAAACCCAUGAACUCCAGCCAAAAGCAGUUAUUUAAAAAUAAUUAGCAAAUGUUAGCAUGCUAAUUAAGAUGAACAUAGUAACAUAGUAAGUUAGCAUUUUUCAUUUAUGGUAAGCUGCUGCUAACAUUAUUUGAGCUAACUCAGUUAGCCACAGAGCUACUAGCAUGGCUGCUGACUUUGACAUUAGCUCAGUUAGCCACAAACCUGCUAGCAGGGCUGAAAACUAUUCUCUCUAAGUGAAUAAAUGACAUGUCCUAUUAAUAGUUUCUAUCUAAUAAAUAAUCAGAUAGUGCAGGGUUAAGAAUGUUUCAAUGAUCUAAGAGUGAUGCACCACCUCUCCAACCUGUAAGGAACCUUCACUUACUAAAUGAGUUUUUGUGAUGUUAUUGCAGUUAGGAUUAAUUGUAAAUUGAGAAAUGUGUUUAUGUUUGCAGAACUAUUUAUUCCCUACUGUGAUGCUGUUUAGGGAUUUUUGUUGUUAAUAAACGUUGUGCUUCAUCCGGUA